AUUGUUAAUAUUUAUGCUAUAUAUUGGGAUCCAGAAAUAAUACAAGAUGUUUUUUUCCAUAAUUAAUAAAAUUAUAGUUCUAGGAAUAUUGAUUUUAAUUGUUCCUACUUAUGGCAAUCAAAGCACGCAUUUGAAAGCUAGAGAUUCUCAAGUAAGAACAGUAAAUACGCCGUUUAAGGAUUUUGUUGUUAAGGAAGAAAAAAUCCUUGCUUAUAUUUUGAAAGAAGAUUAUAAAGAUGAAAAUAAAUGCAAAUCAAAGCUUAAUGAAUAUUGUAAAGAAUUGAAAGGAAUAGAUAAAGAAUUAAAUAAAGUUCAUAGUAAAGUUAAAGAAAUUUGUGGUGAUAUAGAUAAAAAAUGCAAAGACUUGAAAGAAAAAGUUGAAAAAGAAUUGAAAGUUUUUGAAGAUGAACUUUAUCCAUUGAAACUUGGCGCAUAUGAAGGAAAUUGUGAAAAACAUCAAGAAAAAUGUAUACUUUUAGAAGAGAUAAGUCAUAAUGAUCUUAAGGAGAAGUGUGUCAAGUUAAGGGAAGAAUGUUACAGAUUUAAGCGUGAAAAGGUGGCAGAGGAGCUCCUUUUCAGGGCGCUUGGAAAAGAUAUUAGAAAUGGUAAAGAUGGUCUAGAAGACAAUUUUAAAUGUAAAGAAAAGAUGGAAAAGAUUUGCCCAAUAUUAAGCCGAGAAAGUGACGAGUUGAUGGAUUUUUGUCUUAGACCAACUAACAACUGUGCAUAUCUAAAAAGAAAAAUGGAGGAUAUUUGCGAACUUUUGAAAACAAAAUUGAAUGAGAAUGUAUUAAAGGAAAAGUGCUAUGAAAGACUUGAGAAAUGUCAUUUUUACAAAGCGUGUGAAAAUACAAAGUGUGAAGAGGAUAAGGAGCAAUGUGAGGAAAAAAAUAUUACAUAUAAAGCGCCAGGAUCCGAUUCUAGUCCUGUCGAGCCGGAGCCGUCGUUGUUGACAAGGAUUGGGUUGGAAGAUGUUUAUAAAAGAGCUGAAAAAGAUGGAAUUUUUAUUGGAAGACAAGGAGUGGAUCUACCAAGAAGGUUUGGUGGUGAUUUACUCCAAGAUCUCUUGUUAGUGUUGAGCAGAUAUGAGCGACAGAAGGAACCAAAAAAGAAAUGCGAUGAAGCGUUAAGAAAAUGUAGUGAUUCUAAGUAUUUGGAUACUAGUUUGAAAGAGUUAUGCGAUGAUGGAAAGAAAGAAGAAAAAUGCAAAGAAUUACUAAAUGUAGAAGAAAGAUGUACAAAUCUCAAAUUAAAUCUUUAUCUGAAAGAUUUGUCUACAGGAUAUGAAAAAGCUGAUUCAGAACUUUUAUUCUGGAGACAACUGCCAACCUUAUUUACAAAGGGAGAGUGUGUAGAAUUUGAGUCGGAAUGUUUCUAUUUAAAAAAUGUGUGUAAAGAUAAUAAGAUUGAUAAAGCAUGUCAAAAUGUACGAGUAGCGUGCCAUAAAAUGGGAAAAGAUAGGAUGUUGAAUAUGCUCUUUCGAGAGGGGUUAAAGGGAGAGCUUGAUCAUAUAAGAUAUUAUAACAAUCCUGAAAAAUGUCAAAAAUUUGUGGUAGAAGAGUGCAGAAAACUUGAUAAAAAAUACCUUCCAAAGUGUCUUUAUCCUAAAGAACUAUGUUAUGCGGUUUCAGAUGAUAUUUUUCUUCAAUCAAAAGAGUUAGGUGUGCUUUUGGAUGAUCAGAGAGAUUUUCCAUUAGAAAAGGACUGCAUUAAAUUGAAAGAGGAUUGUGAAGGUAUUUUGAAAGAUUUAGGUUUAAAUAAUGGGAAGUGUGUUACAUUGAAAGAGCGAUGUGAAUAUUUUAAAGUUACAAGAGAACUGAAAUAUGCGUUUUUGAAAGAAAAAAGUGAUGCAUUAGCGGAUAAUGAAAAAUGCAUGAAAGCCUUGAAGGAUAAAUGUGAUAAAUUACCUAAAGUGAUGGGGGGGGGGGGGGGGUUAUAUCAUGUUUCAUGCGCUUUACCAGAAGAAACAUGUAAAUUUAUGGUUUCAGAAGCUAAGAAUCAUUGCAAUAUUUUUAAAAAGAACUUGGAAAAACAUGAAAUUGUGAAUAAAACUAAAGAUUCAAAUGAAACAUUGGUUGGAGAAACCUGCAUGCUAUGGGAUCCAUAUUGUGAUCAACUUAUGGAGAAUUGUCCAGAGACAUUAAAAAAUGAUUCCAGUAGCGCUGAUGGGAAAGGAGUCUGUUUACAACUGAAAGAGAACUGCAAGCCAUUCUGGGAGAAAAAACGAUUGGAAGAUGAACUAGCUUAUCUCUUGAGAGGCAAUUUAGGAGAUGUAAGUAAAUGUAAAGAAACCUUAGGAAAGUAUUGCACCGAAUGGAAAGCAGUAUCAAAUGAAACAUUCAAUGCUUUGCUUGGUAAUUGUAAUGAUACUACCAAGGUAGAUGUCUGCGAAAAAUUAGUUGAAAAAGUACAGAAGAUAUGUUCUACUUUAAAAACCGAUAUGGUGAAACUGGAAGAGUUGGAAAACAAGAAGUAUGAAUACGAAGAGGCGGAACUGGUGGCAAAAGAAUUUACGAAAGCAGCUAAGUUAUUGCUAUCAAAGCCUGGACAAGCCGUAACGCCAAGCGCGCAGAAUAGCAGUGGUUCUCUACCAGCACAGCCACCACCACCACCACAAGAUGAAACAUCAGAUACAUCAAGCGGAACGCCAAACACACAAGGCGAAACGACAAAGAAUGCAAAACUCGGACUCGUUAAAAGAGCGUAUGUAGCUGAAGAGCUUCCAGAAGCAGAGCUAAAAGCAUUUAAUGCAACGAUGAUAGCAUUGGAGUUGUAUUUGGAAUUAAAAGAGGAAUGUGAACCUUUAGAACUAAAUUGCAAUUUUAGAAAGGAUUGUUCGGAUUCUAAAAAAAUAUGCAGAAAAAUAGACACGUUAUGUAAACUGGAACCAUUAGAAAUUACACCUCAUCAUACAGAGAAAAUAACAGUUACGAUAACGGAAACAAAAACCAUUACGAUGACUAUUGCGACGACUACUAUAGUCAAUUCAAUAGGUGGAGAAGUAAUACGACAGUGUACAUUGCUGCGGAUAAUGGAUACAUGGGUGACGAAUACGAUAACGAACACGUCGAUAGUGACGUCAACACUGAUGUCAACAGUCACGUCGACCUCGAUGCGCAGGUGCCAACCUACAGAAUGUAUCAUUGAUUCAAACAAAGAGACAGAUAAAGGAGGACUAGAAGAAGUGAUCCCGGGUGAGGGGAUGAAAAUAAGAGUCCCUGAUAUGAUUAAAAUAAUGUUGUUGGGAGUGAUUGUUAUGGGGAUGAUGUAAAAUGAAUGAAAAAAAUGUUAAUAGAAUGAAAAUGUGCAUAUAUCCA